AUGAAUUUGCGUUACGAGGCAAAGCAUCAUCUAUUAAAACAAGUGGCGAAUCGAUGUAAUAAUUUUAUCAAUUUACCUUGUACUAUAUCUAGACGUGUGCAAUUACGUCAGUGCUAUGAGAUAAUGCACACAAAUAUAUUAAAACCUGAUACUGUUAGCGGUAAAUUUAGUAAACGGCGAACAACAAGUUUCACUCAAACAAUACAAAUUGCAUUACAUGAUGAUCAUCGAUUCAAUUACGGUGAAUUUGUACAAUGUGUCAAAUGGGUGAUAUUAGAUAAUGUUAAAUACAAAAUCGGUGAUUCCUUCGUUUUCCAUUUAGUGGGUGGAGAAGAAAUACCGUUGUUUGCGGAGAUAAAAUAUAUUGUUAGCAUUGGAAAAGAAUGGCGAUUCAUCGUUCAGUGCUACGACACAGUGGUAUUUAAACAAAAUUUAUGGUGUUAUCAAGUGAAUGCGUCUGACGUCACUAUAUUAGAUAAGAAUGAUUUUUUAACACACAAAGCAGAAGACUGUUAUCAUAUAAAUAAUUUACGUUUCGUUCGUGUACCUUAUCGUUUAACUCUUGUGGAAUAA